GAGUAGCGGGCUGAUAAUGCACUUCCAACUUGCUCAGCAAGUCGUCUUGAUAGCAAGCAAGUUGUUGUUAACAUUGGUUAUCUUCCAUCUCCAACUCCAAGAUGAAAUCAAGAAAUUGUGAAGUGCACUUAACAGUCUGAUUGGAGAUCAAACGAAGAAUGUCAUCUGAUCAAAUACCUGUUUUUGUCCAAGGAUUUGGGCAGACCUUUUGGGUGAGACUUCCUCGUGCUGCCCCCUCCCUCCUUGCUUGCUUCCUUGCUUCCUUGCUUCCUUCCUUGAGGUCCGUGAGCGUGUGGAUCUUCUGGCUUCCCGUGCAUGGUCUCUGAGACUCUGAGAGGAUUCCCGCCCAUGACCCCAUUAUAAUUGACCAGCAUGGACACGAAUGAUUUGAGGAUGAAGAGCUGGAUUAAUUCCUUCAAUAAACAACAGCACCAAGAUGUAAAAACUAACGUCGACCUGGAUUCCGAGUUCAGUGAUUCGGGUGGGUCGGAACCCACCACGCCCGUCUUCAAUCGCAGAGCUGGGCGUGACGCGUUCCAAAGAUCCCCGUCGAUCUCGUUUGCUAAUGAAGACGAGAUUAUGGAAUACACCAAAGGUGGUGUGGAUCCACCGCCGAUUGAAGUGAAACGUGGGUCGGAACCCACCACGCCCGUCUUCAAUCGCAGAGCUGGGCGUGACGCGUUCCAAAGAUCCCCGUCGAUCUCGUUUGCUAAUGAAGACGAGAUUAUGGAAUACACCAAAGGUGGUGUGGAUCCACCGCCGAUUGAAGUGAAACGUGGGAUCAUGAAGCAAUUGUCCAAAUCCUCGUUUGAUUGGGACUUCAGUGAUGAAACUCCGAGUGAGAUACCAUUGCAGCCUUUAGAUCCGAAUCGAGGUAUUACCAGGAACAAUAGCCAGCGCAAAAUAUUUUUCGCCGUGGGAGAAGAACAAGAGUCGACUUUUCCGAGCCCGCCUCGUCGUAAAAACGCCCGAGCUUCGUCGUCUUUGUCCAAUUCAUUUCCUGAAGGACUCAACAGGCAUCCCGGAGAGUCUGAUGUCAAAUACGACGAAUCGGAAACACUUAUUCCCGAAGCGGACAGUAGCAUUCCAGAAAUUGUUCCCAGUAAAGCAAAUACCUUCAACUCUUCACCAGCUACACCACCUUCACCUCCCACAUCUGUUCCAGUGAAUGGAACAGGGCCUCCACCUGUCAGUUCCAUCGGGGGAGCACCCCUAGCGGAGCCGGAGAAGAUUCCACCCAAAUAUCUCUCACCCUAUGCUAAAGAAGUGGAUGAAUAUGAUAGGAAGAAAGAUGCUUGGAGCAUCUCCUCACUCAAGCGAUAUGCCAGUAAAAGUUCUCUCAUCUCCACCAUGGACAACGUGAAAGAUCGCUUGUCGGUUGCCAACUUGAAGGAGCAAACGGACAAGCGAAAACUCAACAUUGUGGUGGCCUUUUUCUUUUUGGUCGUGGUUCUCUUCAUAGCCGCUGCCCACGUGGUCUAUUACAAACACAUUGGAGAGCUCCGUCUCUUUGGGCAUCUCAAGUUGGAAGAGGCCGAUCGCCGGUUACUAAUUUUUGACAAGGUUGAUAAGCUCAUUCUAGAGAGCCGAUUGGCGGUUACUCUUCCAGGAGACAUUCAUCCGUAUCCGUGUAUUGAUCCAACCAAUCUCCAUCAUGGAGCUCAUGGGGAAUUCAAGGAACGUUGUCUGGAGUGGAAAGGGCUGGCCAGGUUAAGGAUUCAACACCAGACCAACACAGAAACGAGUUGUUAUAGGCUCUCCUGGCAAUCUCUUCACCCUGAUGUGAGUCCCAUGGACUGUUUCCCAGCCGAUGACGAGAUUCAAGGCCACUGGUAUGGUGGAGGUGAGAGCCUCAAUGCAGCCUGGCCUCUCGAGAAUGGACGCAUCAAGAACACGGCAUUCGUUACUGGUGACGAGGGUAAAACGGAAUGGGGUAAUGUGAUCCGCAAGUACUUCCUCAACAGCCGAGGUCUCUCCGUGACCAUCGAAGAUCACACACCGUUGUUCAUCUCGCUCAAUCAACCAGAUUCUCCUGGACUCUGCUUGCAAGCCAAGUUCGAUGAUUUCUCCUACUUCUACCACCGAUUUGACUUGCCCAGGCUGAACUAUACCGUGUGUACAGAUAACAACCUGAACCAUCUUCAUAAGCAAUUCCUCCCGAGCUCAUUUUGGGAUGGCCAUAGCCAAGACGAUUUGGACACUCUUCACCAUCUCUUGAAGAAGCCCAUUUGGCAGGUUCCUGCGUUCUCCGACUUGUCACACGAUAAGCUAGUGAGUUACAUCGAGCGAGUGGUGGGGGAGACCAACGAUUCCGAGGAUCGAGGCUACAUCCUCCUCAAUUAUCAUUGGCAAGCCAACAUGGGAGAUUUUACUUUCAACAAGAAAGCCUUCCCCGACUUGAAAGAAACACUCGAGUUUAUCAAGAAAUCGGGCCUUAAGCUGGUGCUCACCAUUAAUCCCUUUGUAAGCACCGAGUCGUCGAACUUUCAAACUGGAGUUACAGAUUCCUACUUUGUACUCGAGAGGAAUUCCACCAAUUUGGUCCCUGCUUUAACGUGGUUCAAGGACGUGACAAGUGCCGGCUUACUUGACAUAACCCGAAACCGCACUGUUAAUUGGCUUCAGAGCCAAUUACGAGCAUUGUCGGUGGAGCUCAAUAACGAGGCUGUAUUCUUUGUGGACAGUGGCAACACUUUCCACACACCCACUUAUUUCCAGUUCAAAAAACCUUUGGACAAUCCAGAUAUGUACCGUGAUGUCUUUGUCAAUGCUGUUAUGGACCAAGUUCCUGUCAUUGGGGUUAGCGGAGCAGCCUCACAACGUCCCAAAGCACCAGCCUUUGUGUUCUUAACUCCACUCGAGUCCAAUUGGACUCAUCUACAAUCUGUGAUUCCCAACGUGCUUCAUUUGAGCGUUAUUGGGUAUCCUUUCACUAAUCCGGGACCCGUUGGCGGAGUGGGUCGUUCCGGCAAAUCCCUGGAAAUUUACACAUUAGAGGAGGAACUGGAACUGUACAUCCGCUGGUGGCAAUUGAACACCUUCAUGCCCAUGCUACAUUUCUUCAAACCGCCUUCAGCCUUUCCACCACAACUGAUCGCCGCCACCGCCAAAGACCUUCAGAGGAUCCGCGAAGAAGUUGUUCUGAAGUACUUGGUGAAAUUUUCAAAUUCAGCCAUGAAAAACUCACAGCCCGUCAUUCGACCAUUAUGGGUUCUCAAUCCCAAAGAUCCCAUCGCUCAAACUAUUAACGACGAGUUCUUAAUAGGAGACACCCUCCUAGUAGCGCCCGUCCUAAACUUGGGGGCUCGUACUCGCGAUGUCUACCUUCCUAAUUACGUUGGCCAUGACGAAACGGUUUGGAUGCGGGGCUCUGACAAGCGAUACUUUAAAGGAGGUCGAUGGAUGAAUAAUACCAAAGUUGAGCUGAACGAUAUUUUGUACUUUAUUCGAGAAGAUGAUGGAUCCCUGCCCACCAUAGGAUAAUUUUCCACAGUUUAUCAACGGUUAUUGCUUCCACUUCAAGGCAACGGGUGAAAAUGUACCCAAGUAGAUUGUCAUACGAUUUAGAAUAUAUCUUUCUAUCAGAAUUGUCUCUAA